UGACAAUUAAGCAAUAUUAUUUAUAGUAGUUGAAAAUUUAAUAUUAAGUGUUUUUUCAAAUGUUGUAUAAUUGCCUGCCAAGAGAGUAAUUAUAUGUUUCAGAAUCAAUUGGCAUAAAAGUGAUAAAUUAAAUAGUGGACAAUUGGACAAUUAAAAAAUUAGACAACAGAUUAUAAUGAAUUCAUCAAUUUUCAUACAACAGUCAUUAAAUUUUCAAUUUCUUUCUGUAUGUCACUAUAUUACAAUUUUUGGUGUUUAUUUUUACAAUAAGAAUUUAAUUACAAUUGAGGAGCAAAAACAAUCGGUGACUAUUUUAAAUACUUUGUUUGAGUAUUUAAAUAAAUCUCAAGAUGAAUCCGAGGCAAAGUUUCAACUUUUAAAAAAAGUACUAAAGGGAAGUGAUCUCUAUGGUGGUGAAGAAAAUGAAACACUUGACAUGAAAUACAUUAAUGAAACAUAUCAUUACAUCAUUAGUAAGGCUCUAUUCUAUCACUAUGGAAACAUUAAUGGAUAUUUGGCUAAAAUUAUUAACUCGGCGGAUGAUAUAAAUUACUCGGUACUUAAGGAGAAGGUGUUUCAACAUCUUUUGAAAAAUUACACAACUAGGGAAUAUUGUUUCGAUGAUGUUACGUUAGGGAAUUAUGGUUCUAAUAAUAUUACGUUGGGAAAUUAUAGUUCCAAUGAUAUUUCAUCAAGAAAUUACAGUUCUAAACUUAAUGGAUUGACAGUACAAAAAGUUUUCAAUGAUUAUAUUUGGCCAAUUUUCCCCCAACCGAAAAAAGACAUGAGCAUAAUCGACGUUGAUUAUAUAUACGCAAUGGUAGGUUUAAAAAUUAUCAAAUCUGUAUCGUCAACGUCUCCGAAUUUUACAUUUCAAGAUUAUAUUCUAAUUUCCCGUGAGAUUGAUUUACAGGACUUUAAUAACGAAACCUAUCAAAUGGUACUAAAUCUAUAUUCAACACCAGCAUUAUUUUUCUAUGCCUACAUUCAAAAGGCAAAAUUUCAACAAAUUAAUUGUACCCUAACUGAUGAAUUUUGGAUUGAAGCUUAUGAAAAUUUAUUUAUCCACAUAAAUUUAACAAUGAAUCAAAUUGUACAGGGGGAAAUUGAAAAUAGUUUGCUUUACAAAUUUAAUAGGGAAAUUAGUAACUUAAAAAGUCGUACUACAAUUGCUGUAGAAAUACUAAAAAAAUAUUGUGAUUAUGAGCAUAUUGUAAAAGUACCAUCACCCAAUGUGGAUGUUUAUAAAACCUUCUAUCUUUGGAUAACAAAAUUAAUUCUUCCAAAAGAAUGUAAAAAAUUUAAUCUUCCCGAUUUGGAAAAAGAAUACAAGGCACAAUUCGUUGAAAUAGAAAAGAUUUACAUUAAUAUUGUUAAGGAUGCAAUUCAAAAAGUACUAAUUAAUAGUAAUUUGAGGGAAAUAUUGAAUUCAAAUGCAACUGUUAAAUCUGCACAAGUUCCUAAUUAUGCGAAUGAAUAUAUAAUUAUUCCACGAAAAAAAAAUGAUGAUAUAUUCUUUUUGUUUGCAAUAGAAGAGAAAAAUAGAAAUUUUUAUGCAUUUAAACAAGUGAAUAAUGUUUUAUCCAUAUUGUCAAGUAGAGAAAACGAACAAGAAUUUGCCAAAGCAAUUGCUAAUGAUUCAUCAAUAAAAAUGGAAAUACCAAGAUUUUAUCAAAUUUUUAAAUACAAUAAUGAAGAUCAAAGGGAAUUUAUCCAAAGAGUUGCCGUUAUAAAGGCAAAAGAAUUUGUAAAUAAUCUAAUGAUGCACAAUUAUGAUGAAACAUUUGGAGAGAAAGUUUUAAAUUUUGCAUCAUCUCUUAUACCAUUUUACAGUUGUAUUGAAAAUGCCAAUGAAGGUAAAGUUGCAGAUGCCACAUUAAGUUGUGCCCUAGAUAUUGUUAGUCUUAUUCCACUAGCAGGUUUUGCUGCAAAAUAUUCUGCUAAACUUGGCAAUAGUUUGACAAUUGAAAUCAGUAAAAAUCAUCAAAUUACUAAAACACUUUCAAAAACAGUUGUUACCAAAGUGCCAGUAACAUCUGUAAUAAAUCAAUUAUCCCAAAUAGCUGUACGUACCAUAGCUAGAGAAAUUUUAACAAAAAAAGUUUUGAAAGAUUUAACAAUCGCCUCUCUUCAAACAUUAGAUCCUGGAUUUGAAUUUAUUUAUCGAAUUGGUUUACAAUCAUUUGCCCGAUUAUUUCAAAGUAUUAUUACCAAUUUCUCAAAUAGACGUGUAUUAUUAUUGGUGAAAUCUUUAAUGAAGUCUUUGAAACAAAAUAAGAAAUUAAACUUGGAUCAUACAGGUUUGGUACUAUCAAUUUUGUCAAAUCAUAACGAUUACAAUAUUAUAAGAUACUUUUAUCCCGGUGGAUCCCAUUUUUUUGGACCUAAAUGUCUAACUGCCGGAGGAAAAACAAUGGAAUUAAGAAGCAUUGAUGGGUAUUCAUUUCCAAUUCCAGUUAUUGAGGUAAAAUCCGGUAUCUAUAAACAAUUCAUUCCCGAAAGUGAUAGGAUAUUUAAUAAUAAAUUAAAAUUAGGUGACAAUGAUAUUCUCCAACGUGUUGGUUAUCUUUUGGAUCAAAUGAUAAUUGCUGGACGUGAUAUUAAUAUAAUUCGUAAUUAUCACGUUUAUCAUAAUACGGAAAACCAAAUGAAAUCAUCAGCUAAAACAUCGGAAUCAACAUUAGUUAAUUCAAAUUUGCCUCAUGGAAUUUCAGAAAGAAAUUCACAAAUCGAAAAUUCUGGAAUUAGUGGGGAAAAUACAGUUGAGAAUAAUUAUCAACGUUUCACUAAUACUGAAUUUCAAGUUCAUUUACGUGGUAAUUUAGAUCGUUCCAAUCAUCCUCAAAUUACAAACAUUGAAUUUAUCGGAACUUUAAGGGGAAAUAUUGGAUCAGAAAAUUUUGCUCAAUUACCCGAAAGAGAGGGAGUAAUUAUCAAAACAGAAUCCAAUUCACCGGAAAUUAAUUCACUGUAUUCAAUGUCAUUACGAGAUCUUUUAAAUAACGGUGAUAAACCACCGGAAAGAGGGAUUUUAAAUCAAAAUUCACCUGAAAUUUUUCAAUUUGGAAAUAUUCAACAAAUAUCAAAUAUUGAAACACCAAAAAAUGAUGGUAUUCCAUUGAAAAAACAAAAAAUUGAAACAGAAAAAAAUGAUGUAAUUCCAUAUCGUCAUAAAAAAUUUGACAAUAAAAAUAGAAAAACCAAAACAGAAAUAGAGGAAGAAAUAAAUGAUAAUAUUCCCAGUACUUCGAGACAAUCUACAUUUAAUGUAUUACCAAUGAUUUAUCGUUCAAUUUUACGUGAACCAACAUAUACAAAAUACAUUGAUAUUCUAAUGUUAUGGAAAAAUAAUGGUUUAUCAUUUAUAAAAUUGGAUACGACAAAAAUUAAUUUUCUUCGCACUGCUGUUAAUAAAUUAGCAAUUUUACAAUAUGAACAAGGUUUAGGUAUGCAAAAACAAAUGAAAUUUUGGUAUAGUCAUAUGGUAAUUGGACAAAAUAAUAUUGAUCUUUUGGCAAAUUUAAAGGGAAAUACAUUUUUUUUCAACGAUUUAACAUUAUUAACAAAUAAACCAUUAGGUCCAUUAAAAAGAAGUCAUAAAUUUAAAUUUCAUUCUGAAAUAGAAGUACGUUAUCAUAUACAAAUUGAUGAUUCAACAUAUGGUUUUGUUGAUUUAACAAAAUUUCAUCAAAAAUUUGAAAAUAAUUAUUUAACAUUCAAUGAUGUUUUAUUUAAAGUAACUGAUACAUUUUUUACACCAGAUAAUAAAAUUUUAAAUAUUAAAUUAAAACCACAAUAUCUGGAAAAAGAAUUAUGGCUAAAAAAUAGAGAAACAGAAAUUUUGAAUUUAAAUUUAAAUAAAAAUGAAAUAACAAAAAAUUUACGUAUGAAAUUAAUUACAAAUGCCGCUCAUAUUAUGUCUGAAAAUGCAUUACUUUGUACAUUUGAAUUAUCACGUGAUUUUUUGGCAAAUAUAAUUUUAUCUAAAACAAUUAAUAAUAAUAAUCAAAUACCAACAUACAAUAUGUUAGCAGAAGAUUUUAAAACAUUAAAUUUUCGUUAUAAUUAUCGAAAUUGGCAAAUUCAAAAUAAUCCCUAUAUCAAAGAUAUUUUAUUAUCUGAAAAUUUAGAUAAAAUCAUUCAAUUAUCCGAAGCAAAACGUAGAAUACAUGAAUUAUAUGAUUUAGUAUAUUUUCAAAAUAUUGACGAGGCAUUUGAAAAUUAUCAUAAAAUUCCAAAUAUUGAAGAAAAUUUACGUUUUGAAGAUUAUUAUGUUCUUUAUUCACAUGUUAAAAAUAAAUUAAUAACAAAUAAAGAUGGUAUAAGACGUUUUGAAGCGGCAAUUAAUCGUCUUGGUUUAAGACAAUGUGAUAAUAAUGAUUAUUCAUUAAUAAUGAGAUCAAUAAAACUUUAUCGUGGUGAAAUGAUAACCAUGGAAUUAGCGGAGAAAUUAAUGAAAACAUUGAAAAAAACAGAAAUUAUAAAAUUUGAUAAAUUUAAAAAUUUUUCACCAAGCGAAAGUGUUGUUGUUGUUAAUUGUUUAAAUAAUGUAGGUGAAUCAACGCAAAUACCAUUAAUAAUGGAAGUUGAUUUAACAAAUCAAGCUGGUAUUGUUAAUGUUGGUCAAGCAUUAAAUGAAGAAAUUCCAUUAUUUAUUGCAACGGCAAAUUUUCAAUAUGUAUUGAAUGAUAUUGGUAUGAAGAAAAUUUUUGAUCAAGAUGUAUUGGUGAUGAAAAUGCAAGAUUACGAUAGUCCAAUUGAAACAAGAAUGGUUCAAAUGGCAACGAGACUUAAUGAAUUAUUUUCAACGGAAACGAAAUUUUAUUCGGAAUCUUAAUAUGUAAUAAGUGUUAAAUCUCAACAGUGUCAAGGAUAACAAGUCUCAACAGUCUCAAUUCUCAAUAUUAUCAAGUAUAAAAAGUAUCAAUAGUCUCAAGUCUCAAUAGUCUCAAUAGUCUCAAUAGUCUCAAUAGUCUCAAUAGUCUCAAUAGUCUCAAUAGUCUCAAUAGUCUCAAGUCUCAAUAGUCUCAAUAGUCUCAAUUCUCAAUAUUAUCAAGUAUAAAAAGUAUCAAUAGUCUCAAGUCUCAAUAGUCUCAAGUCUCAAUAGUCUCAAGUCUCAAUAGUCUCAAGUCUCAAUAGUCUCAAGUCUCAAUAGUCUCAAGUCUCAAUAGUCUCAAGUCUCAAUAGUCUCAAGUCUCAAUAGUCUCAAGUCUCAAUAGUCUCAAGUCUCAAUAGUCUCAAGUCUCAAUAGUCUCAAGUCUCAAUAGUCUCAAGUCUCAAUAGUCUCAAGUCUCAAUAGUCUCAAGUCUCAAUAGUCUCAAGUCUCAAUAGUCUCAAGUCUCAAUAGUCUCAAGUCUCAAUACCCUCAAGUUUCAAUGGGCUCAAGUCUUAAUACCCUCAAGUUUCAAUAGGCUCAAGUCUCAAUACCAUCAAGUCUCAAUAAUCUCAAAUAUCAAUAAUCUAAAGUCUCAAUGGGAAUGGAAAUGGGAAUCUUAAUAUAAUAAGUGUCAAAUCUCAUCAGUGUCAAUGGUAACAAGUCUCAAUAGGUUCAAGUCUCAAUACUCUCAAUAGUCUCAGCCGUGUCAAUAGUGUCAAGUCUCAAUUCUCAAUAGUCUCAAGUGUCAGUAUCCUCAAGUAUCAAUAGUCUCAAUACUCUCAAUAGUUUAAAGUUUAAGUAAUCUCAAGUCUCAAUAGUCUUGAGUCUCAAUAGGCUCAAAUCUCAAGUCUUAAUAGUAUCAAUAGUCUCAACUCUUAAUAGUCUCAAGUCUCAAUAGGCUCAAGUCUCAAUAGUCACAUAUCUCAAUAUUUUAAAGUCUAAACGGUCUCAACAGUCUCAAUUGUCUAAAGUCUCAACGGUCUCAAUAGUCUCAACUAUGAUCCAAUUUUUUUACUGUUAAAAAUAAAAAAAAAUAUAUUUUUUUACCACACGUGUAGAAAUGAAAACAAUUUUGCGUAAUGUUUGUAUGUAAUAAUUAUUCAACUGUGUAAAUAUUAUAUUAAAUAUAUAAAGUAUUUAUUUAAAUAAUAA